AUGGUGUUGAAGAUUGAUUUGGAGAAGGUGUAUGACAAAUUGGAAUGGAGUUUUAUAAGAGACAUGCUUUAUAGAAUUAACCUCCCUAUGAAUCUCAUUGACAUUAUUAUAAGCUGUGUCUCAACGGUCUCUACCUCAAUUUUGGUCAAUGGGGAUGCUCUAGACCCAAUCUACCCUUCAAGAGGGAUAAGGCAAGGGGAUCUGCUAUCCCCAUAUCUUUUCAUUCUCUAUGACAUCGUCUUCUUUGCUAAAGCGAACCUUACCAAUUGUAUAGCUAUCAAAGAUGUUUCAGAUGUGUUUUGUAGCUUGUCGAGCCAAUUUGUGAGUGAAGCAAAAUCUAGAGUCUACUUUUCACCCAAUGUUGACAUUGACACUAGAGAAUCUCUUAGUGACAUUCUCGGUUUUAGCUUCACUCCAAACAUUGGAAAAUAUUUGGGGAUUCCUUUGAAGGUUCCGGGAGACUCUUCCAACGAGUUUAAUUUCAUUUUGGAUAGAGUGAAGCAGAAACUUACAAGUUGGAAGGCCAAUUUACUGUCCUUAGCAGGGCAAAAUGUGCUUAUUCAAGCUUCCACAGCUGCAAUCCCCUCCUAUGUCAUGUAA